AUGGCGUUCCCUCCAAGACCACCCACAGCUGGCCAGAACUCACAAGGGCGUGCCAGCAGCGUUCCAACAUACCAACGGGAGGUAAUAGAUGUAGCUAACCUGUUACAAAUGCCACUUAUCCGAAAUUCUCCUCCACUUUUGGGGGGCAAUGAAGUUGAACCAAAUCCCGUGAAUCAGCCCCAAGAACAACAACAAAAUACACAAACAGCAACUGCUCCAGAGACAAUGGAUGUACCCGUCACUCAGGGCAAUGCAAAGAAGAAAAGGAAGACACAGAAAUUUGCCAAAAGGAAGAUGAUGGCCAAUUACCAGCUGUUUGUAAAAGAAGAAAAUUUGGACCAAUUCCACGAUCGAUAUCGUUCGACUGACUCUGGACAGAUUCGCAUCUUCGGCAAAGUGAAGGAAUGUCCAACAAAAGAGAAUGGGAGGAAGUAUCGAAUACAAUGGGAUCUACGCGACACCAAAGGAGUAGAUCCUGGCUGGCUGAAAGAAACUCAUGAACCAACAGAGAAAACAAAGGAGCUUUUACAAGAAGCUUUUGACCAUCAUGACAAAGACCCACCAACAAACACAGGGAGGAAGAAACGUCCAGAUUCUGCAGUGGCUAACAACAGUGCGACACAACCAACUGCAACUACAACAGCAACUACAACCACAGGGAAUGGAACACCACCGAGGCAUGUCAGGGCGCAGCUGCUCGCCAAUGUGCGAACGUCCGCGGGAUCAACUGUUAGCUCUUUGAGCAGUCGCUCAAUGUCAACAAAUUCUGGGUCUGGUAAUCCAUCUGUUCGCACACGUUCUGCAGCAAGGGACGACGAUGACAGUGACACUCAAAUGUCUGUCGAUGAGAACAGAGAGGACCUUGAGUCAAACCCGCCGGAUUUGGUAGGUGGCGCCAUUCAGGAAAAUCCGUGGGACGACGAUAAUGUCAGUUUGUUGGGAACUCCCUCUAACGAAGAAGAAGAAGAAGAAGAAGAAGAAGAAGAAGAAGAAGAUGCCGAAGAUCAAACUCCAGCUGUAGACGCCCUUGGAUCAAUUAACCAGCUUAUCAGGCAGCUCAAAUGGAAGUAUGCAGUUGUGGAUAUGACACAAGAAGACCCAAUUCUUGACAAGAAUAUUAGGAAGUUCUAUGAUGGUCCUCAAGGCUUACAGGAGGGCAUUCCCACUGCUUUUACCAGUCCCUUUGAUUGCUUCGAAGUGUGUGGGGGGUUGAACAAAACUUUGGUGGCAAGGCUUGCCGCUGGUUCAAAUGAUUACUUUCAUCGAUACAUCAAGGAAGGUUUAGACCGGAACAACAUGUAUCAAAACCUGAAAUGGAAAGACAUUUCAGUGCAGGAAAUGUAUCGUUUCCUAGGAAUUCUGUUGCGAAUAUCAAUGUCACCAGUUGACGAUGGUGGCUAUGAGGCUUAUUUCAGAUUACAGGACAAGACUGUUCAUCCCGGAGGCGGUGCUCCAGGAGUGCAAAUAAGCAAUACUGCUGGUUGGGCGCAGAAAGUCAUGACACUGCAACGCUUCAAGCAAGUACGUGGGGCAUUCCAUCCAGAAGAAAAGAGUGCAGGUGCUGGAGGGGACAAAUGCUAUCAGCUGCGACACCUAAUCAAUCACUUCAAUGCAGUCUCUAAGUACACAUUCCAUGUGCCGGUUGAUCUUUCUUUUGACGAAGGAGGAGUGGGUUGUCGAUCUCGAUUCUGUCCGGUUCGACAAUACAACAAAGACAAACCACAGAAAUUUCGUGUUGACUUCUUUGUCUGUUCCUGUGCACGCAAUUACCAGAUUCUGCACAUUGAUGUUUAUCAAGGAAGAAAUGGUAACAACGUUGGAAUCAACUCAAACUGCGAAGACAUGCCAACAACGCAAAAGGCUGUUGCGAAUGCUUGUUAUGCCCUUGGUCUGGACAAAAAGACAGAUGGAGCACGUCACAUUUCGAUGGAUAAUAGAUAUCAAUGCCCUCAAUUGGCUGUCUUGCUUCGAGAACGUCUCAAUUGCUACAGCACUGGUACUUGUAAAUCCAAUCGAAUUGGUUGGAAAGAAGCUCAAUUGAAUGUCAAAAAAACAGAAGAGAGGGGAACAUCAAGAAUGGCUUAUGACGAUCAGAACCGUGUUACUUGUGUCCAGUGGAAUGAUUCUCGAGUUGUCAAUGUCGUCAGCACACUCAAUACAUCCAAGCUAGAUGAAUGCAAGCGGCAAAUAGGAAGCGAAAAGAAGACAUUUCCAUGCCCAUAUGUCAUUCGAAAGUACCAGCGCGAUAUGGGUAGCAUCGAUCGGUCAGAUCAAAUGAGGAUGCAUGGUGGUGGCUUUUCCAACAAAGCUCACUUCAAGAAAUGGUACAAGAAAAUUUAUCUUGCUGUUCUUGACUGCAUGCUGUUGAAUUCAUGGAUUGGGUGGAAUAUGGCCGUUGAUCUCACAAAUCUAGGAAGACGAAAGUUGAAACGUCAUGAGUUUUAUCAGGUCAUUGCGCAAGAGAUGUUGGAUUACAAGGACACUGGUUCUCUUGCCAAAGUGCCGGCUGCAACAAUCCGUUAUGAGACAAACCAUCAAUACAGCAGUACAGAAGCGGCCCAUAUUCCACAAUCAGCCAGAGGUGUUCGCUGUGUUGUUUGUCGGUUGGAACGAGGCUGGGUUACAGAGAAGGCUUGGAAGGGCAAUUACAAACUUGGCGAAGCUGGUAUGACAAGUGGAGUUGCAACUUGCACUGCUUGUGGUGUUAGUGCACAUACCGCGGUGCUCCUUGAUUCUGAUCGACGAAUCCACAAGCUACCAAACUUUCAACGGAUGUCGUGCUUUCGCAUGAUGCAUACGAGAGAAGGAUACGAGCUGUGGGAGCGGCAGCCGGAAGGUGCAAGGUACCGGUUCGAAACAAACAAACAACAUGCAAUCUAUCGACAAUUACGUGAGCACUAUUGCCUGCCAUUAGAAAGAAAGCGUGGUCGAAACAAAGAUGAUACAGAGACCCAUACUACUAGCGAUAAUGGCACUUGA